AUGGGUUUUUUUAAGAAAUUCUUUCAAAUUAUUACUUGUGGUAUUGGACCAUGGGUGUGGGAUAAAAUAAAGCAGAAGCUUGGCUUUGCUAAAUGGACUUUAAGAUGGUAGAUAUUCUGCAGUGUUAACCUAAAUUUUUUGGUUGAUUCAACUUAUGAAAAACUAGAUUCUGAAAUAAUGAGCAUAUACAGUCAAAAUUUAAAUGACUUAGGCGUUGAAUCAUCUUUAUCUAUUGAAUUGAUGGGCCAGAUUUCUUAGUAGCUGCUUGAAAAAUCUAGAAUGAUGACUUAGGAAAUAAUAAAUCCUGUUGUGUUUUCACCUUAUCCUUUGAAUAUUUAAACAACUAAACUUUACACGACAAAAGAAGCCACAUUUGAUAGUUAAGGCCUAGAUUAUGAUCAUAUGGUUUAUUAUACAGAAUAGAGCUAAUUUGCAUAAUUAAAUGCUUAAACUUAGAACUAUAUAAGAGCUAUAUCUACUUUAAACUCCUAUUGGAAGAAGUUAAUUCUAACAAGAGUGGGAAGAGAUUCUGAUAUAAACAUCUCAAGAAUUUUCAUUAUGCUUCAAAGCAAUACGACAUCAGGACUAUGUGAAAAUGUCUUAUUCUUAUAUCCUGCUUAGUAAAAUGUGAAUCUAGGGAAUGCCUCUUCAUUAGGAGGAUGUACAGCAUAAUUAAAUUAAUUUGGGAAAAUUUGGUCUUAGACUCUAGCUAAAAAUAACUUUACUAGUUUUCCUAAAAUAAAAGAUCCUUUUGGAAACAGCAUAUUUGGCGAUAUUACAACUUAUACUCAAGUAAUUUGGAAUUAGGGUAAAGCUGGUACAAAUCCUAUUGGUAUCAUAGGUCUUCAAUACAAGAUAUCUGUCUUCAAGUCAUUAAUAGACCCACUUGUAAUGCAAGGUCCAAAAUCAUAUUACCUUAUUCACAGACCAGAUUCUAAUGGUAAAAUUAACCAAAACAACUUAGUCGUAUCUAACAUCAAUAAUGAUAUAAUAAUUCCGGAUGAACUCUACACUAAUGUUACCGAUACUUUGAGAACAGAAUACGAUUACACUAAUUUAGGAAGCAUAAAUGGAGAGAUGUACAGAGUAUACAGAUGUUAAAAUCCAAUAAAUGAUACUUAGAAUCCAAACUACGUAAUAGUUAUGAUCUAAUCAAUUUCAUCAACUUCUAAGUAUUCUGAUGAGCUCUGGGAUGAGAUCUAGUCAUAGUUCCGUAAUCUGCUCUAUAUAGUAUUUGGAUGCUCAAUCUUAUUGUUUUUCUCAAUUUGGAUCUUGAUAUUACGAUUUACCAAAAGAAUAACUCAUCCAAUAAACCAACUUACAAGAAUCACUGAUAUAAUUAAAUAAGCAACUGGUAGAGAAGGUCGUGAAAAAGUGCUUUCUGUUAUUGAAAAUGAACCUAUUUUUGAAAAGACUAAGAAACUAUUGAAAUAGGAGUAGGCUCUGAAUGAAAGUAGAAGAUAGACUCAAUCAAUUAAAUUGUAAUCAAGGAAAGAGACUUAUGCAAGGAGUUAGUAUAAUACUAUUGUAGGGUCAGAUGUAAUGGGUUCAAUGACCCAAUCAUUGAUCUAAAAUAAUGGUUUAAAGGAGCUUAAGAAAGAAAAGCUAACAGAGGGUUUGGAAAGUCUUGAUGAAAUUUAGGAGCUUCUCAAGAUUUUCUAUAAGUUCUUUGUUGGAAAUCGUACCAAGCCUAAACCAUAAAACUAAGAAAACUAGCCCAAGUAUUACAAAAAUAAUUACUACUAACCAUAACUUUAUCAACAGUCUUUAUUAGAGCCGAGAGCCCAAUAAGAUCUAUCUCACCCCUAGAAUGGAAAUAAUUUCACUGGAAAAUAAUCGACUAGAACUACUGCUAGGAAAAAUCUGAUUGAGCAAGAUUAUGAUGAAAAUGAUGAAAAUUCAGAUCUUCCUAAUGCAAGAAACAAACUAGGCUUAAAAAUUGCCUUUCAUGAAGAUCAAUUCUAGCAUUUACCUAAUAAUUCCAAAGUUCAUGCUGGAAUUAAUGAUAGUCUUAUAUCGAAUCAAAAUCAUUUAAAUGCAAUGGUUGAUGAAGAUUAAAUUUCAAUGAAUGAUAGCCAUGAUAGUCAAGCUGAUGAUGAUGCUUUUGAUGAAGACGAUGAGAUGGAUGUAGAAACUAGAAUGAAUAUGAAAAAGAAUCCCAAAACAAAGAACAUUGAUUAAUAAAUAACAGGCUAAUUUAGCUUUGGAAAAAGUAAAGGCAAUAUUCCUAUAGAUCAAGCCCCAUAACCCCUGCUUUAAGAUGAUAACAAUGAUAGGGUAAGGGUUACAAUUCCUAUUGAUUGGGAUGAUAUAAUUGAAAGAUAUAUUGACUAAAUAUCUUAAUAAGAUUAAGCUGACCACAGAAUGAUCAACAAUAAAAAUCUUAAGAAUACUAGUGAUAUAAAAUCCUAAUAAUAACAGUAGUAGGAUUCAGAUUCUGAUUAUUGA